AUGAGGCCAAUGUCAUCAGUUCUGUCUCAACACUCGUCUUCGUCUUCAUCUUCGCCUUUGCCAGCACCGCAUCCUCAGGCACCUCCAAUUCAUUUUCCUUCCCUUGCUGCCCCUCCUCCUCUUCCUGUUUUCUCGGGAGCCCAUGCCCAACUUUCUAGCUCAGCAGUGGGUGUGACUGGUUUCGGUUCACACACCAACCUUGUCGGUGCCACAUCUCCCUUGGUACCCUCACCAGCACCAGUUCCUGCUGCUUUCCGAGGUAUUCCUCCUGGAGGAUUUUCCACUGCAACUGUGAAUUCUCGCCGAAACAGUUCUGCUCUCGUCACCCGAAAUGCUUCUAAUUCACGACGAGUUCGCACCCAGCCAUAUGAAUCUCUAAAUGUUGCACCCCCAACAUCUCGUUUGGGAAUUUCUGGGAGUUUGAUUGAUUCUCUUGAAAUUUUACUACUUCCGAGUGAGGCCGAAGUUCGUAUUAACAUGGGAGAGGCUGCUCAGGCCCAGGGAGCAGUAUCAGUGAGAUCAGAGUUUUGGCGAACUCGUGUUUGGCAUCAAGCACUUGCUGCCAAUUUUGACAAUCGCCUUCGAAGCUUUCAGCGAGUUGUUCAUUUUACAAAUGUGUCACUGAGGAUGCUAGUCCAUGACUUGCUAUCCCAAGUGCAGGACGAGCUUUCCCGAAGGGGAUUUUACUUCCAUCGCCCCUAUGAUCCCAAUGCACCCUCAUUUUCGCUCCUUCAGCUUCAUUCAUCAGGGAGGGUUAUGACCACAUUCAAUCUUCCCUCUCGUCGUUUAACUGAGUAUUAUCCCACUUCAGAUGACACUCUGGAGCAUAUCCUUUAUGAGGUAGAUGGAUUCACUGCAGUGUCUCUCUUUUCGAAGAAGCUGGAUGGAACCCAUUUGCUGCGACUCGCCCCAUCCCUUGAUCAUCUUGGAGGCCCUCUUCCGAAUGAGAUACAAACUGUCCUAGAUGAUGGGUUAUCCCCACCAAUUCCAAUUCAUUUUUGCAGUGGGGUUCGCCUCUAUCGAGGUCUUGCAACUGAUCGGGCCAAUCUGUUACUCAUGCUCGGGGGUAACGAAACUGCCAUGUCUGAUGUGACACUCUGCAACACAUGUCGUGUUCAGGCCAUUUCCCAGGCCCACCUUAUCCCUACUGAUGAACAGAAUGAUGAGGCAAGUUCGACACAGACAGCAGAUGAAACUGGAUCGCUUAGCACAGUUGAUAACGAGAAUAAUGAAGGUCUCGAAAGUGAGGUGAUUGCUUUUGAGGGUGAAUCCGAUCUUUCUGCUGGUACCUUACUCUACCCCAGUGUCUCAGCAAUAACAGAAUUUGCUGACUGCAUGAGGGGUCUUAUACCUGAUAACACAUUGGAUUCGGACUCACUCUCAAUCUCUGCUACAACACAGGUAGCACUUGUGUCGAAGCUUCAGGAUGAGAUCAUUGCUUGCUACAAUGAUGACACCUCUCAUAUUGCACUCGACAAAUUUGUCAAGAGUGAAUUUUCAUUUAGGAUUCGGGGUCCAUCCAACACCCAAGGAAAUGGGGUUGUUCGCGAGGUCAUUUUUCAGCUUAGUGAACUACUCUUCCCAGAAGCUCCUGAGGGCGAGGGACUUCGCACCUCAUAUGAUGGUCGUUUGAUUUUUUUCCCCCGAAUAUAUUUUGAUGGUAUUCCAUCCCCUCGGGAACAUAAGGAACUUGCAUUUGCUCGAGGUGUCAUUGUGGCUCUGUCAAUUGUGCACCUUUCUUGCAUCCCUCGCGAGCUCUGCCCUCUGUCUGUCCUAUUCCAUCUUGGAUAUGGGAAGUCCGAACUCCUCUCUGAGAGGAUCCUGGCGAAACUUCACCCUAGACUUGCAUCAGCACUUAAUGAGUUCAAGGCCAGUGGUUCAUUUUCUUCUAUUGAACAAAUUGCAGUUCCCUAUUUGGAUAUUGAUGCUGCAACUGCUGCUCCUAUGAUUGCAACUGAAGAGGCCCGAGAUGUUUUCUCACACAAAUUGCUCCUUGCCUGUGUCCGAGGCCAAAUCACCAUGGAGGCUAAUGAUGAAGAGGCAGCUUUUCGUGCUGGCCUAAAUCUUCGUUGCUCAAAUGGAUUCCACUUUAGCAAGCUUUGUGAGGCCUAUGCUGAUGGAUUGGAGGGCCUUUUCAAAAGCCUGAAUGCAUCAAGUAUUGAGUCAUUUGAGGAUUUGGUCCCAAUCCUCAGUUUUGUGGAGCCUCAAAGAGCUCUUGUGCUUCUUCGCCAGCAUUCUGAGUUCCAGGCCUCAAGCUUUGGCUCACUGAUUGAAGGCUUUCUACGAAGAACUGGUUGGCCACUUGGAACUGACCCCCUUGGACUUGCAAGUCUUUCGUCUGGCCUUGGAUAUGAUAAUCUGUCAAUGCACCUUGAUAACCCUGGAUUCAGGUCACAACUUCUCUAUCGCUGUGCCACUGCUUCUGAUUCACUUCUUAGUGGCCAGCAAAUACGAGUCACAUUUUCUGACAUUCCAGCUGGUUUUUCGAUCGAGGAUGUAACCCACAGUAUUGUGGACUCUGCCAUUCGUUUCCAGACAUGCUUUGGAUGCCUCCACAUCCAUUCCUCAGUAAUACUGGAUAUUGUUCACAACAAUGCACCAGGUGACCGAUUAGCUAAGUUUGACAAUUGGCUGGUAGCGACUAUGAUGAUCUCCCUUUCAAGUGGAAUGGGUGGUACUGUAUAA